GUGAAUUGGGCUUGGCCUUGGGUUGUAGCUUAAGAAAUUUCUUGGUUCUACUUCUUCUGUUCAUGCAUGGGGGCUGGUUUCUCUGGUUUUGCAGCAGAGAAUGAUGGAGGUUCUUCUCCUCCGAAGCCUGGUCUCGGAGACUUACCAGAAAGUUGCGUCGCUCCAAUUCUUAUGUAUUUAGAUCCACCUGAUAUUUGUAAAUUGGCACGCUUGAAUCGAGCCUUUUCCGGUGCUUCGUCUGCUGAUUUCGUUUGGGAAUCAAAACUGCCUUUUAAUUAUCGGUACCUAAUCGAAAAAUUGUUUGAUGAGGUUCCGGUUAAUUUGAGUAAGAAAGAUAUUUAUGCCAGACUCUCUCAUCCGAAUCCUUUUGAUGGUGGUACCAAGGAGGCUUGGCUGGAAAAGAGUACGGGCGGGAUUUUCUUGUUGAUUUCUUCCAGGGCGCUGAGAAUAACCGGGAUAGAUGAUCGGAGAUACUGGAAUCACAUUCCGACCGAGGAAUCUAGAUUUCGGACAGUAGCUUAUCUUCAUCAAAUUUGGUGGUUUGAGGUAGAAGGGGAAGUUGAGUUCAACUUUCCAGUGGGAACCUAUUGCCUUUUCUUCAGGCUUCAGCUGGGAAGAGCGUCCAAGAGACUCGGACGGAGAAUCUGCAACCCAGAGCACGUCCAUGGUUGGGACAAAAAGCCUGUGCGCUUCCAGCUAUCAACAGAAGAUGGGCAGCAUGCACAAUCACAGUACUACUUGAGUGAACCAGGGAAGUGGAGUCACUACUACGCUGGAGAUUUUGUGGUGGAGAACCCCAACGUGUCCACAAAGAUAAAGUUUUCAAUGACACAGAUCGAUUGUACACACACGAAAGGGGGACUCUGUGUAGAUUCAGUUUUGAUAUGCCCAAGUGGGUUUAGAGAGAGGUUAAAGCGUUUUUGAGUGCAUUUAACCUUUACAGAUAGAGUAGGGUGGGGGAUAGAGAGACCCAAAAGUAGUAGAGAAUCAGGUACGGCUUGAUCUGUUUAGGUAUAUCGAACUAAG